GCCAUGGUAUACUUUUCCAGCGAAAAUUCGAGCGUUAUAUAUAUUAGCGUUAAGAAGUUGUCUAUCUCCUCCUCUGUUAACAGCCGGUGGUUUAAUAGUAUUAAAUUUACGAUCUUUCGCAGAGAUCAUCAAAGCAGCCGUUUCUUAUUACACGGUAAUGAAAACUAAGUGAUACUGUUGAUAUGGAAUAUAACGAUAAUAUGAAAAUUAUAAUAAUUAAUAAUAAUAUUUAAUAAUGUGGAGUAUAAUAAACAUAAUGUGGAAUAGGACAAGUUACGUAAUUCGUGUGAGAUUCAUAUCAAUAUAUUAUACAUUAUCAUCAUGUCAAUACGCAUGUUAGUUAAUUAAAAUAUUUGUUACAUGUAAUUGUAGAAAACGUAGAUCAUGACGAAACAUAAUCCAUUACACAUUACAUCAAUAAAAUGUACAUAAUUAUGGUUAUUCAUGAGUUCAUUAUCGAAUUUACUUAUUACAUUACGAAUUUUUAACGUGAAAUAGAAUUACGAUUAUUAACUUUAUAAGAAUAAUCAGACACUCAAAAUCCUCAUUUUCUUCUUAUUUCUUUAUUUUCUUAACUUCGCUGUUCUGUUGCAAACCUACUACAUUACAUUAGUUUGCUUUUCACAUUAUACAUAAAGCCCUACGCUGACAAUGUAUAAUUCUGUAAAUAUCACUCGUUUCCAACAUCUGUCAUAUUCUGUAAGUAAUACCUAUGCAGAAUAAGGACAACUGAUUCCGCCCGUAAGUGCAAUGAUUAAAUAUUCAUGUGCAUGCAGCAUAUACGUUACAUUAGUGACAUAUGAUUAACAGUAAUUUUGAAAUCGAUGCACUUUAUCGUAAAUACAAUUUUAAUGUGUAUUUCACGGUUCCAUUAACAGAACCAGAUCUAAAAGUAGUUAUGACGUACACUGACGUAUGGAAUUGUCAUGCGUUCAGUUGGUUAACAUUGGGCUUCUUAUCAUGAAUAGAGCUACAUUCGAGAAGCGAUUCUUAAGGAUAACGAAAAUAUUCGGAAAACUGAGUGGGAUUUGGCCAGAUCAAAAUAAAGUUAAGUUUAGUUUGUGGGCUAUGGUACAUAUUACUAUGGCAUCAUUUGUCUUUGUACAGGUAGCAAGAAUUGUACAUAUAGGUACUUUGAAAGUCGUGAUAGAGCAAUCCUCUAUAAUUGGCACAGGAAUUGUCAUGGUCGUAAAACAUGGUAAUUAUAUUCUGAACGCAAAAAAGCUUAAAUCCCUUUUGAAUGACAUGUCCGAGGAUUGGGCAAUUGAUCGAUUGAAAGAAGAAGUUGCCAUUAUGACGACAUACGCAUAUAGGGGAACCACUCUUGCGAUGUUCUACCUUGUAAACGCGUGCAUAUGCGCAUUCCUUUUCCUACAACUGCCGUGGACAGUGCGCCUAAUGCACAUGAUAAAAUCACACAAUACAUCGCUGCCAAUGGUAUACGCUAUACCAGCUUAUUAUUUUGUCGAGGAUGAUCGCAAAUAUUAUUACUACAUUCAAAUGUAUCUGGGUCUCUCUAUAUAUAUCGUUGUCAUUGUGUUCGUCGGUUGUGAUACCUGUUACAUGGUCCUUGUGCAACAUGCAUGCGGAUUGUUGACUGUGGCCGGAUAUCGCUUCAAAAAUGCCAUCAAUGACCUUCCCUUCAAUGCGAGGAAUCCCGAAAAGGAGGCAAAGGAGAUAUAUAAAAAACUAUGUUUCUCUAUACAGGGACACCAACGGGCAAUAAUGUUUCUGACAAAAAUCGAGAGCGCACAUGUUAUAUACCUUCUUCUAUGUAUGGGUAUAAUAGUCUUGUGCCUUAGUAUUACGAUGGUACAGAUCACUACGAUGGAAAUAUGUCUGGAUUUCUAUAAGUUUGUCAGCUUUCUGAUUCUUCAGUUCUUGCAUCUGUUCUGUCUAACGAUGCAGGGACAGUUCAUCAUAAAUUCGUCCGAUAUGAUUUACAAUGCAAUAUACGAGGCAUCAUGGUACAAUGCAAAUCCAAAGACGCAAGCGUUGUAUAUAUUAGCGUUGCGGCGAAGUCUAACUCCACGCUAUUUAACUGCCGGUGGUUUAAUAGAAUUGAACAUGCGAAGCUUCUCAGAAGUGAUAAAAUUAUGCGUUUCCUAUUACACAGUGUUGAGAUCAACAUAAACAACGGACCGAUAUACAUUGAAUUAUAGUAACUUUCGAAACUAGUUUUUGUGAAAUUGGAUUUUAACCCUCAAGUGCUAUCAUGGAUGCACUUUCAUUAUGUGGAUUUUGUUUCAUUAUUGACCUUUUAAUAUUAUUAUUACAACGUGAUUUGUGAUCACUGCAAAUAGUAAUUUUUAUAUUUUUCACGUAAUAGC